AUGAAGAUCUUUUACCAUCUCUUCCAUUUUCUAUGUUGUGCAACUCUCAUUCUACCAGCUACCUGUUCCUUUGUGGAUCCUGAUCGUUGCUUAAAAUACAAUGGUCACUGUAAGAGAAGCUGUGCUACAGAUGAAAAGCAAGUUGAUAUAUGUUUCUCACCAAGUAAGAUUUGCUGCGCUGAAAGGCUUUAUGAAGAAGAUAAUUUAUUUUGAAAAGGAAGAUAUACCUCUGAACAAAGAAGUUUUGUGUUCAUUAGCACAGGGAAGCAUAUAAAUAUAAUUAGCGCAUCUUUGAAAUAAAGAAUUAAACACAUAAGC